AGUAGUUACUCAUUGGUACACUGAUGAGCACAGAAACUGGCCCCAAGACUUACCAGAAGCAUGUGCACACAUUCAUGUCAACACUGAAAAGGAGUAAUUGUCAGUAGACCUGUCUGUCAGAGCAUUGGUACUCUCUAUGGUUCUCCCUUUUUUAUCCAUUCCUUUUCAGCUUUUUCUUUGUCUCUUCGUCUUUCUCUCCGUCACUUUCUCUUCCUCUCUUUUGCUUUUCUAUCCAUUUCUCUCUCUCUCUCUCUCUCUCUGUCUCUCUCUCAAUGACUCUGUCCUUCAUUUGCCUCUGUUUCACCAUUUCUCUCUUACUCUCUAGCUCUCCUUUUGGGAGGAUGCCCGGGAGGGAAGAUUUUCCAAUAUUGCGAUAAAUUGGUUAAUUGAAUUACAUUCUUGUGGGUUGAGGCAAGGCUUCCCUUCCCUCCUCCCAGACUCAAUAGCUGCAGGCAACGUCGCUCUUUCGGACAAUUCAGCCAUCGCCACUUGAAUAAGCCAUGUGUUGUGUUGGUUUGUCUUCUCCUAAUGUAUGGCUGGGCAUGUGUGUGUGUGUGUGUGUGUGUGUGUGUGUGUGUGUGUGUGUGUGUGUGUGUGUGUGUGUGUGUGUGUGUUGGACUUUCAAAGUGACCCAUUAUGUUGAGCAGAUGGGGGAGGUGGUGGUCAACACACUGGCCUAUUCAAGAAUUCUCUGCAACACAGACACACACACACACACACACACACACACACACACACAGAGGCACAUUUAGCGUGGUCUGGAAUUCUCUGCCAUGUCCGAAUAGAAGAGGGUGGACGGGAGCGUGGUGAGAGCGGCUGUGCCUCUAUUAGCCCCGCUCCACUACUCCGCCCCUCACUCUGGAUAGCGACCCCUGGACCGAGCAGACACACACACCAACAUCUCCAGACAUAGAGAGGACCAACCGACAAGCAGGUCCAAUGGGCAGCGGCAGCAGCAGUAGCCGUCUGUUUGGGACGCUGGCCCAGACCCUGAGCAGCCCCAGCAUCCCCCUGCAGCUGCCCGCGCUGGGGGAGGAGGACGGCGAGGGCACGGAGGACGAGAGCGGCGCCUACGAACCCGCCGACCCCGACCUGCUGCUGCACGAGUGCAAGGAGGCGCUCCGCAACCGGCCGCCGCGCUGGCACCGCCACUUCCAGCACCCGCAGCCCGCUGCCCCCUCCACACCCCCUCCUCCGCCCCCGCACGACCGAGACAUGCAGCCCAUACGCGUCAUGCAGUGGAACAUCCUGGCUCAAGCGCUGGGCGAGGGCAAGGACGGCUUUGUGCGCUGCCCGCUGGAGGCCCUGAACUGGGCCGAGCGCAAGUACCUGAUCCUGGAGGAGAUCCUGACCUACCAGCCCGACAUCCUGUGCCUGCAGGAGGUGGACCACUACUUUGACACCUUCCAGCCGGUCCUGGCCAGCCUGGGCUACCGCGGCACCUUCUGCCCCAAGCCCUGGUCCCCGUGCCUGGACGUGGAGAACAACAACGGGCCCGACGGCUGCGCGCUCUUCUUCCGCCGCGACCGCUUCCGGCUGCUGGCCACCAGCCACCUGCGGCUGUCGGCCAUGAUGCUCAAGACCAACCAGGUGGCGGUGGUGUGCACGCUGCGCUGCCGCCACACGGGCCGCCGCUUCUGCGUGGCCGUCACCCACCUGAAGGCGCGCAGCGGCUGGGAGAGCCUGCGCAGCGCCCAGGGCAGCAGCCUGCUCCAGAGCCUGAGGGCUAUCACCAUGGAGGGCAUCCCAGAGGAGGACGCCGUCGCGGGGGUGGCGGAGGGCGAGGAGGGGGCGGGCGUGCCGCUGAUCGUGUGCGGGGACUUCAACGCCGAGCCCUGGGAGGAUGUGUACCAGCGCUUCGCCUCCUCUCCGCUGGGCCUGGACAGCGCCUACAAGGGCCUGAGUGCGGACGGGCGCACCGAACCGGCCUACACCAGCUGGAAGAUCCGGCGCUCCAGCGGGGAGAGCCGGCACACGCUGGACUACAUCUGGUACUCCAGCCGCCGCUUCCACGUGGACGCGGUGCUGGAGCUGCCCAGCGAGGAGCAGAUCGGGCCGGACCGUCUGCCCUCCUACCACUACCCCUCCGACCACCUCUCACUCGUCUGUGACUUCAGCUUCGCCGAGCCCCCUGCACAGCAACAGCAGCAUAGGCUGCUCUAGCGCACCCAAUCAGCAAUUCAGAACAGGCUUAGUGACUUGUGAAUCCUCCAAUGGGAAAGCCACGUGUCCCUUCAUCAUUCAAUCAGACUACUUGUUCAAGUUGAGUGGCUGGGGGUCCUCCUGUCGCUGACCCUCAGACUUCAUCAAACCUGUCGAGUGGCAGCAAUGCAGGUUGCCCAAAUAGCAAUCAGGACCAGCUGAGUGACUGGAGGAUAUUCCAUUGGGAAUGCCAGGCACCCCAUCCUCCAAUUAGUCAGCUUGUUCAAGUUGAGUGACUGGAGAACUGUCCAAUGGGAAAGCAAGGUUCAUGUUGGGAGGCCGCCUCAUCUUCCAGACAACUAAUUCAGAAUGGGAUGUAUGCACUAAUGACCCCUGUGCUUGAGGGUAAAUGGAUCUGUGAGAAAUGGUCUUUGGGUGAGAUAAGUGGGUGAGUACCAGAAUAGGCCCACUGAUAUGCGAGGGCCAUUCAUACAUGCUGAGUUGGCCCAUCUUGAUCCCUUCUUUUAUAGCAAUAUGUAGACAUCUACAUCAGCAAGAUAAGAGAGAGGUCUAUCACUGCAAAUUUAUGAGUCAAUCAUUUUAAAUGAGUGUGUGUUUGUGUGUGUGUGUGUGUGUGAUAUCUAGAGAACAACCGUCCUCUAAAGCAGGGGUUCUCAAAGAAGGGUCCGGGGACCCCUGGGAGUCUGUGUCACAUUGUUUGUUAUGAAUCUCUGACAUUUCUCAGACGUUUGAGGUGCGAUUGCGAUAAGGGGGUCCUUGGAAGACUUCUUCUUCCAUUAGGUGUCCACGGCCGAAAGAAGAUUGAGAACUCCUGCUCUAAAGACCAACCAUCCCAUGAAGUACAGUUUGUACAUGCAUAACUCUAUGGAGUGAGUGAAACCUUUUAGAUUGGUCCAGAAUAAUACGUAAACACAAACUUAAGUUCUUAACUAUAGAUAUCAGAACACAAAUGAUGUCUACUUUGACGCACAAGUGUUUAUUUUUAUGACGAUAAAUCCUAAUAUUUUGGCACUUUACUUCACCAGUUUGUGUUACCAUGCGGCUGCUGUUUUUAUAGCACUAUAAUCAGAGAUUCUAAGAGUAUUAUCUUAUCCAGUCUCUCUGCUUUAAUGGUUAUAUCACUGGCAAAACCAAAGGUGUAUUAGGUUUUAGGGUUUAAACGCCACCUUGUGUUCUCUGACCACAGUCUUCUGUUUUCUCCAAGUCUGUAUUUAUUUAUUUUUAUUUAAAUGAGGUGAUACUGCUGCAUAGUGUUUUUGCCGUCUUUAUUCAACACUUACUGAGUAUGAUCAACAUAUGGUUGAAUUCAACUGUGGAAGUGUUGAAUUAAUAUUGCAAAAUUUACUGCGGGAAUGGCACUGGAAAUCCUAGUUCUGGGUCACAUUAUCUUUUCUUUUAACCUUAUCGCGUGUAGCAUUUGGUCAAAUCGUCCAUUACUUUGAAGAACACAAGUGUGUAGUUGGUUAAUUACUUGUGCCUUUUAAGUUCUGCUAGUCGCACAAUGAAUGUUGCGUCGACUUUUUUCCCUGAUAAUUUAAGUUUCUUUUUUUUACUUCACAUAUCUUAAAAUUGCAGACAAAUAAACGGUCUGAAAGUGAGAUGCUUUUCAUUGUGAUAUUUUCAUUUGGGCUGUAUAAUACUCAUGGAAAACACCACAGAUUGUAUUUCUAACUGCAGAUGCUGUUGCUGUGGUUGUGUAAAAAUGAAAUCAUGCUACAAUAAAAACUGCAUCUCAAGCAUUCA